AUGACCGCGGAGAACACUCUGGGAAAGACGACUCUAGAAGGACGGACUCCAGACGUUUGGCAAACUUCCGUGACCGUGCCUGUCUGGAAAGGGAAAGGAGACAUAGCUGACUGCACUUUGUACAGGCCUAUACGACUGCUGUGCCAUACGAUGAAGAUGCUAUCCAUGCUGUCCGUAUCCUUCUUGAGAAACAUCGAGAAGAACCGCAGUGUGCAUCUUGCUUUUCUCGAUCUCGAGAAAGCUUUCGACCGUGUCCCACAUGAGCUGUUAUGGAUGUCCAUGAGGUCGCAUAGAGUGCCAGAAGAAUAUGUGCAGUGGACAAAGCUGCUUUAUGCGAAGCCUACCAGCGUUGUACGAUGUGCUGCUGGAACAAGCAGGCCAUUUCCUGGACAAGCAGGGGGUCAUCAAGGUUCAUCCCUCUCACCCCUGCUGUUCAUACCGUGCAUGGACACGAUAACGAAGGAAAUCCAGAAGCAACAUCCGUGGACUCUACUCUUUGCGGACGAUUUGCUCGCGUCGGAGUCUCGAGACGAUCUUCAGAAACAAGUACAGUCUUGGAAGGAUCGGCUGCAGCAAUAUGGAUUGCGCCUCAACACAUCAAAAACUGAGUACAGUGCGGAGUGCGGACCAAGGAUAGAGGAUGGCGACAUUGAUCAAGAAGGUCGAGCAUGUGUUAAUGCGGCAUGGAUGAAGUGGAAAAUGGCAGCAGGCGUACUGUGCGACAAGAAAGUCCCUGUUCGACUGAAGUCGAAGAUCUACAGGACGGUUGUGCGAUUGGUUGCCCUUUACGGAUGCGAGUGCUGGUCGACGACGAAAGCCUUGGAAAGAGUGUUGAACGUUAUGGAGAUGCGGAUGUUGGAAUGGACGAUAGGUGUAACGCUGAAAGAGAAAGUAUCCAACGACACUGUACGCUCCAUCUUGGGCGUCGCCCCGAUAACUGAGAAGAUGAAGGAGGCGCGGCUGAGAUGA